UGGCAAAGAAACUGUGCGGAACUGUUGUCUCCCGGAACUAGAUAAUUGCUCCCAGGCGGAGUUCGGAGCACAACACCCGGGGCAGCGGGGCAAGAUGGCGGCCGGGCUUCGGCCGCUGCCCCGGGUCUGGCCGAACUCCGGGGUAUCGGGCUGAGGCGGCGGCGGCGGCCUCCGGGACCCCGAGCGCCGGGGCCUCGAACGGAUAAAGAUCUCCGGCCUGCGGCAAAGCCCAACUCCUCUGAAGCCAGAGGCUGCACAAGGUCACUGAUGGUCACCUAGCAUCUCUGCUGCACAGGCAGGUCCUCAGGGUUCGUGUCACAUUGCAAACAUGUUCACUGUAUCUCAGAGCUCCAGAGCGUGGUUCAUCGACAGGGCCCGGCAGGCUCGAGAGGAAAGGCUGGUGCAGAAGGAGCGGGAGCGCUCGGCUGUGACGGCGCAGGCCCUGGUCCGUGGCUUCCUCUGCCGGAGACGACUGCACAGAGACAUCAGGAGAGAGAUUGAUGAGUUUUUCACUGCCGACGACUCCGGGUCCAGUAAAAGAAGUGCACUUUGUAUUUUUAAGAUCGCCAGGAAACUGCUGUUCAUAUGUAAAAUUAACGAGGACAAUGAGAGACUGGAGAAGCUGUGCCGUAGCAUCCUGAGCAGCAUGGAAGCCGAGAACGAGCCGAAGGUAUGGUACGUGUCCCUGGCUCUCUCCAAGGACCUCACUCUGUUAUGGAUUAAACAGAUCAAGAGCAUCCUGUGGUACUGCUGUGAGCUUCUUGGACAGCUCAAGCCAGAAAUCUUACAAGACUCCAGGCUCAUCACUCUGCACCUCACCAUGCUUGUCACCUUCACGGACACUUCAACCUGGAAGAUUCUCCGGGGAAAAGGUGAGAGCCUUCGGCCAGCCCUAAACCACAUUUGUGCAAAUAUAAUGGGCCAUCUCAACCAGCGAGGAUUUUACUCUGUGUUGCAGGUACUGCUGAGCCGAGGCCUGGCCAGAUCCCGGCCCUGUCUGUCCAAAGGCACUUUAACAGCAGCCUUCUCUCUGGCGUUGCGCCCUGUAGUUGCUGCACAGUUCUCAGACAAUCUGAUGCGACCGUUUGUCAUCCACAUCAUGUCGGUACCUGCUCUCACGACUCAUCUCAGCACAGUGACCCCUGAGUGUCUCAGUGUUUUAGAAUCCCAUGACAUGCUUCGCAAAUUCAUCGUCUUUCUGAGAGACAGAGACCACUGCCGCGAUGCCUGUGAAAGUUUAGAAGGCUGCCAUACCCUGUGUCUCAUGGGCAACCUCCUACACUUGGGCUCCCUCCACCCCAAGGUGUUAGAGGAGGAAGCAGAUGGGCUCGUGAGCUUGCUCACGCAGAUGAUGUGCUACUGCCAGAAGUACGUGUCCCAGAAGAAGUCCAACCUGACCCACUGGCACCCUGUGCUCGGCUGGUUUUCCCAGUCUGUGGAUUACGGCCUCAACGAAUCCAUGCACCUGAUCACCAAGCAGCUGCAGUUCCUGUGGGGGGUGCCUCUCAUCCGCAUUCUCUUCAGCGACAUCCUCAGCACGAAGCUGCUGGAGCACCCGGAGCCAGCGCCGCCUCAGCCGUCAUCCCCACAGAACGUGCUCCCAGUGAAGAGUCUCCUCAAGCGUGCAUUUCAGAAGUCAGCUUCAGUGCGGAACAUCCUGAGGCCUGUCGGGGGCCGACGCGUGGACUCCGCUGAGGUGCAGAAGGUCUGCAGCAUCUGUGUGCUCUACCAGACCUCGCUGACGACUCUCACCCAGAUCCGCCUACAGAUCCUCACAGGGCUUACGUACCUUGAUGACCUGCUGCCCAAGCUGUGGGCUUUUAUCUGUGAACUGGGGCCCCAUGGAGGGCUAAAGCUCUUCUUGGAGUGCCUGAACAGUGACACUGGAGAGUCCAAGCAGCUCCUGGCCAUGCUGAUGCUGUUCUGUGACUGCUCGCGGCACCUCAUCACCAUCCUCGAUGACAUUGAACUUUACGAAGAACAAGUCUCCUUCAAGCUGGAAGAGCUGCUCACCAUCUCCUCUUUCCUCAAUUCCUUCGUGUUUAAGAUGAUCUGGGACGGGAUUGUAGAGGCCGCCAAGGGUGAGACCCUGGAGCUGUUCCAGUCCGUCCACGGCUGGCUGACGGCACUGUACGAGCGAGACUGCCGCAGGCGCUUUGCUCCUGAGGACCACUGGCUGCGAAAGGACCUCAAGCCAGCUGUGCUUUUCCAGGAGCUGGACAAGGACCGCAGGAGGGCUCAGCUGACCCUGCAGCACAUCCCCCACGUGGUCCCUCAUAAGAACAGAGUCCUCCUGUUCCGGAACAUGGUUACCAAGGAGAAAGAGAAGCUGGGGCUUGUAGAGACCAGCUCUGCCUCCCCUCAUGUCACCCACAUCACUAUCAGAAGGUCCCGCAUGCUGGAGGACGGCUAUGAGCAGCUUCGGCAGCUUUCCCAGCACGCCAUGAAAGGGGUGAUCCGGGUGAAGUUCGUCAACGACCUUGGGGUGGAUGAGGCUGGCAUCGACCAGGACGGCGUCUUUAAGGAGUUCUUGGAAGAGAUCAUCAAGAGGGUUUUUGACCCAGCGCUCAAUCUGUUCAAGACGACCAGCGGGGACGAGAGGCUGUACCCCUCACCCACGUCCUACAUCCAUGAGAAUUACCUGCAGCUCUUUGAGUUCGUGGGGAAGAUGCUGGGAAAGGCUGUGUAUGAGGGCAUCGUGGUGGACGUGCCGUUCGCCUCCUUCUUCCUGAGCCAGAUGCUCGGGCACCACCACAGCAUCUUCUACAGCUCCGUGGAUGAGCUCCCCUCACUGGACUCGGAGUUCUACAAAAACCUCACCUCCAUCAAGCGCUAUGACGGAGACGUCGCCGACCUCGGGCUGACCCUGUCGUACGAUGAAGACGUCAUGGGCCAGCUUGUCUGCCACGAACUGGUUCCUGGAGGGAAGACCAUCCCUGUCACAAAUGAGAAUAAAAUUAGCUACAUCCAUCUGAUGGCACACUUUCGAAUGCACACUCAAAUCAAGAACCAGACGGCUGCCCUCAUUAGCGGCUUCCGCUCCAUUAUUAAGCCCGAAUGGAUCCGAAUGUUCUCUGCCCCUGAGCUUCAGCGUCUCAUCUCCGGGGACAACGCUGAGAUCGAUCUGGAAGAUUUAAAGAAGCACACUGUGUACUAUGGCGGCUUUCAUGGGAGUCACAGAGUCAUCAUCUGGCUCUGGGACAUUCUGGCUUCCGACUUCACACCCGAGGAAAGAGCCAUGUUCCUGAAGUUUGUGACCAGCUGCUCCCGGCCCCCACUCCUAGGAUUCGCCUACCUCAAGCCUCCAUUCUCCAUCCGCUGUGUGGAAGUGUCGGAUGACCAGGACACUGGGGAUACCCUGGGCAGCGUCCUCAGGGGCUUCUUCACCAUCCGCAAGCGGGAGCCAGGUGGGCGUCUGCCUACUUCUUCCACUUGCUUCAACCUGCUCAAGCUGCCCAACUACAGCAAGAAAAGUGUCCUCCGAGAGAAACUGCGCUACGCCAUCAGCAUGAACACAGGCUUCGAGCUCUCCUAGCCCAACCCCGGUCUCAUCCA